AUGCCAGCACCUGGCGCGACGAAUACAGGCAAAACUUAUAUUGUUGUUGCUGGUGAUACUGCUUCAAAUAUUGCAGCGCACUUUGGGAUUUCUCUGGAAGCGUUGGAGGCUGCGAACCCUGGCAAGGUUGCUGAUUGGGAUCUCUUGCAAAUCGGUCUCACUCUGAAUAUUCCUUCAGCAUACCCGACGGUUCCGACAUCGACAAUACAAUAUCCCUCCCCACCAACGUCAACCCAGACCAUGCCUCAGCCAACAGCUACCUCCGCCUCUGUAUGGACUGUCUCUUCCGGGGACACUGGCAACAGUAUUGCUUCUUUUGUCAGCGUGCCAUUCUCGGACAUCUCGACCGCCAAUCCAACAGUCGUUUGGACUCAACUGUCCCCGGGACAAACCUUGACCAUUCCGCCUGCCCCGACAGGCCUCUCCCAGGUAACAGGUGCUGCGGCGGUUCACACGAUGAACCUAGAUGAAGGAGUGACGAGUCCGAAGAGCGCAUACACAUUCUACUCAGGAGACGGAUCAGCAGCAGAUGGCUGGCCCCAAAUUUCAGAUUGGCUUUCAUUCAAUGCCUUGUUUAGCAACGUCAAACCUUAUGUGGGGCAAAAUUGCGUCGCCAAUGUACCUGGAAACUCUCCCGACGAAACAGAACAAGUGCGCGAAGCGAUUCUCAGUGUUGCCAACCAAACCUACAUGGAUCCACGAUUCAUCCUCGUGGUCGUGAUGCAAGAAUCGAAUGGAUGUGUCAGAGUGGUAACAACUGCCGGGGGUAACAGCAAUCCUGGUCUCAUGCAAAGCUUCAAAGGCAAAGGGUCUUGCAACCGCGAUGGCCAACUGCUGUCUCCCUGCCCAGCCAGCAUUAUCCAUCAGAUGAUUGUAGAUGGCACGGCAGCACCAGUUGAUGGCAUCACCCUUGUCAAAGCACUCAAUCAAGCAACCAGUGCUGGGAUCACCGAUCUAGCCCAAGGCUUCUAUCGUGCUGCAAGACUCUACAACUCGGGCACGAACAGUUUGCCAGCCAACGGAGACUUGGGAGGUGCUCCAGGAGCGACCUUAUGCUAUGCAAGUGACAUUGCAAAUCGACUAACCGGGUGGGUGGACGGUCCGAUAACUUGUCGUUUAGAUUCGAGGGUGUGA